ACGAAAAUGAUGAAGAAGUAUUGAUUCGUGAAUAUUGGACAAAACAGCUAGUUCCAUUACGUGAUGAAUUUAUACAGCUUGUCAAAAGUUUAAUACCUGCCAGCUCCAAACUUAUUCAUAGCAUAAUCCAAAAAAUCACUGCACAAAUUGUUUGUAUAGACAUUCAUGAUUUUGGAUUAGCUAGAGGUAUAAUAGCCAUUAUAAUCAAUGGAGUUCGUGAAUCAUCCCUGAAACAUAUUUCUUUAAAUGAAAAAAUGGAAAACUUAAAAGUGGCUACUAAUCCUAAUCCUGAUCCUCAUAUUAGUAGUAAUAAUUUUAACGUUAAUGUUAAUGGUAACGCUAUUAAUAAUAGUGAUGAAAUGAAUGAUGAAAAUAUCACGAUUAUCCUAUCAGAAAUAGAAUUGAAUCAAGAAAUAUUGGGUAGAUGGUUGAGUCUUAUGACUUAUUUGUGUAAAUAUCCCUCGGGGAAAUCAUUGCUAUUUAACUCAUUCUAUGGAAAAAUAGACGAUGUUAUGUUAGUAGAAGACCAAAAUGAUGAUGCAUCAAACACUGCCACUACUAUUACUAACAAUACUACUUCGCAAAGAUUGUUAUUGGAUAUUCUACAAAUUGGUAGCAGUAGCAUAAAUGACGAUGACGACUCUGAAUUUAAAGAUAUUAUUGAUGAGCUAUUUAAUACAACACAAAGUACUGAAAUAGAUUUCGAACUAUUUUCCAAGGAGAUAUUACCUAACUUCCAAUAUCACAAGAAAUUGAAGAUGUCUAGUGAUGAUGCAUCUAAAAAUAGAAAACUCUUGAAAACGCGUACAUUAAGUAAACUUGGUGGUGUUGCAUAUGAGAGUAAUGCACGUAGGAAUUUAGGUGGUGGGAAAACAUAUCAGAAGAACGAGUUUCGAAGUAUUCAUAAUAAUCGAAAAGCAAAUACUAGUAGACCACCGUCAGUCCAUGUUGACGAUUUCAUGUCGGGCAAAAUUCCGGUAAAUCAGCAACACCCAGAAAUGUUGGUGACAGCAACAAAUUCCACAGCCACCCCUAUCAACUUGACUAACACCAAUUCGCAACAAAAAAAGACAAACUUGGUCAAUCGAUCACCAAUACAGAAUAAGCGCGGUGGUGGUAGUAGUGGAGGUAUAAUUGCAAUUAGUCCAACUCCUCAAAUAGUAGUUAACAAUAUUCCUAGAGGUCGCACAAGACGUCCUAGUACAAGUUCAGUUACAACACCCCGUGGAGCUCCACAUGGAAGUGGUAAUUUGGGUAGAGGAACAGGUGGCGUUGGAAGAGGUGGAAUACAUAUGAAUGCAGGAAUUGUUAGAUGGGAUAUGGGUAAUGGAACAUGGAUGGGAGGUCUACCACCACCUCCGUCUAUUCCUCUUAUGAUGGGGCCACCAAUGUCCAAACAAAUUGAAUUUGAAAGACAUUUAGAAAAUCAACAUGAAUUUGCUAGAUAUGAUAAUCAGAAUUUACGUGCCAGAACUGAUAAUCGGGGUCGUGGUAUACAACCCCAACAGGAAUGGCAAAUGAGGUCUUUAAAUUCGCAACCAACACGACAACCUGAUCGACCAUUUGGUAGAAGAUAA